AUGCUUAAGCACAGUGACCGCGAGGAGCAUGACGGGCUGCUCACCUCCAACGGCAGUUCGUUCGAGUUCGAGGACAAUGAGUACAAAGGUUCGUCCAAGGUGGCUGGGGCCUACAGGAGCUCCUCUAAGUUCGCGAGGCCAGUUUGGCAAUACGUCCUCGCCUGCCUCCUCCUCGUCGCGCUCACCGACCUCGCCUUCCUCUCCUACAUCGCGCGCAUCUUCGCGACCGAGUACUUUGACGACGCCGACCUCCCGCUUGCGAACCCAUACAUCGGGCUGAAGGAGCUAUAUGACCUCGGCCGUGUCGAGCCCGACCGCCUCGACCCGCUUCUCAACAAGCCGCGCCUCGCGACGCAGGUGUUCCGCGACGAGCCGGACCGCGCGGGGACGAGGGGUGAGCAUGAGGUGUGGAAUGCUGCGAUGGGGACGCUGUCCCCGUAUGAUAGACAUUUGCUGGUCGACGACACGACGCGCACAGUAGUGCAAUUUCGCGCUAUGGACUUUGGCAUGGAGGAGUGUUCGCUCGUGCUCCGCCUACCCGGCCCCGGGGACCACUACGAGGGCAAGGACCGGCCCACAAUCAGCAGCGACGCGCCCCAGCUGCAGAUCUGCCCACUCGACGUCCCGCGCCUCCUCGAUGUGAAGAUCGUUACCUGGGACUCACGUCCCCAGUGCGCGGCGCCGCCGACGAUGUUCACCGCAACGGUCGGCGCGGAGCUCGAGGUGCUCCCGCGCUUCCGGUGUGCGUGGGGGACGUAUCAGUCGUUCGAGAUCGCAUGCGCGGACGAGAGCGCGUGCCUAGUGGACGUGUGGUCGAGCCACAACCAGACGUGGGGAGUGUACAUGUAUCAGCACCAGACUAUCUAG